CCAUCGUCGUUUAAAAUGACGGCGUUGUAGAUGUGUUGGAAUGUGAGUCCUAUAAAUUGUGUGUGGGAAAGGGCGGUUUCCGGUAAUGUGGAAGCAGUGGCUGAGCGAAGAUGUUUCGAUCGAUGUGGACAUACAUUUAUUGGCUUUUAAGACCGGCAGUUAAGUGGAUCCUAAGGAAAACUACGAAGUUGUGUGAACUUCAAAGGAUAUGUUACGGAGAAAAGCCUGGGGCUCCACGCGCCCAUGGUGUGGAAUUCUCCUUACGCUACUCACGAAAUCAGUCUAUUAGGAAACUGCUGGAUGUACUGGAUCGCCAGUGUGACUCUAAACUGUUCAUAACGGAGAGAAAAAGUCUUGUUCCCUUCGCCGUUAAUACUGUGGCCAGUGCGAAGGAAAUCAAUCUCCAUAUUCAUAGACAGUUCAUAAAAUCGUUUAGUACUUGUAUAGAACAAAUUUGGGGCUAUCGGGAACUAAUACACCACGUAGAGUCACUGAGGAAGACGUGGUACGACGCAUCUAACUUAGAUCAUGAAAGGAAACUACUAAGGUUGUGGGAGCUACUGAUGCCCGACAAACCUUUGGAGUCGCGUGUUACGAAGCAGUGGCAGUAUAUCGGUUUCCAGGGGGAAGACCCCAAGACGGACUUCCGCGGCAUGGGUCUCCUGGGGCUCGAGAACCUGAUAUACUUUGCCCAGGAGUACCCCGGGGCUGCGUGCCACGUGCUGUCUCACUCGCACCACCCCCGUUACGGGUAUGCCUUCGCCAUCGUCGGCAUCAACCUGACUAGCAUGGCCUACCACAUGUUGAAGGACGGCACGGCCAAGACGCACUUCUUCAACGUCGCCCGCGGCUGCCCCGCCAUAUCGUCCUUCCACCAGUUCUAUUGCUUCCUGUUCUACGAGUUUGACAGGUUCUGGAUAGAGUCCAAACCUGAGAAUGUUAUGGACUUCGCACGUAUCAAGGAGCGUUUCGAAAGUGCCAUCCGCACAUCUCUCACUAACCCAACUACAAUUUUCAGGUUGAACAUAUCAGUAGACAAUAUAUAGUUAGGUUACCUGGAGCGGCUAGUGACAUUCGCUAGAAUUGUUACCUCUCCUUUUGCACAUUUCUUCCCUGUCCUUUCUUGCCAGAAAGUUGUCACCAGGAUGCAGAAUGUGACAUGGAUGGGCUUUCAGAUUUGAAGUUCCUCAAAAGAAAAUCACAAAGUCUCUUAACAAGAAUGAGUUGUAGAGUGUCAUAUGAUGUGAUAUAAUGGUCAUCAUCUCCACCAAAGUUUUACUUAUUAUGCAGGCUUCGUUUCUUUUUUUUCUCUUUUGGCAUAUCAUGCAUGUAUUAUGAACUAUUGUUUUUAUUUGAAUUUUAUUGUAUCGACUUUGGUUAUUGUAAGACUGUAAGAUUCCAUUUGUGCUUAUUUAUUUGAUUUUGUUUGCAAUUUUUAAAUAUCCUGUUAAGUCCUUACUUUUUCAAGUAUGAGACUGUUGCGUUAUACAGGUCGCAACAAAUAGUAUUUCAGUAAUUGAGAAUGCACAGUGUUAAAUGUGUUCAUAGAAUCUAUGAGAAUUAUUUUCUCUUAGUGUUUAAGAUUGCAAAGACCUCUGACAGUGUCGUCAGAGCUAACUUGUGUGUGUUAUAUUUAUUAUGUGAUAUUUUUUUGUGGCUGUGGAUACUAGAAAAAUAUUGCCUGUGCAUGACUUUGAAAAAUUGAAUACAUGCAUUCAGGAUGGAAAUAAUAAAUGAAUGGAAUAUUUCUGUGUUCAAUAAACAGA